AUGAAAGAAUUGCGAUCCAUCUUUCUUCGACUGUUCAUCUGGAUGAAGGCCGUUCUGUUCGUCCAUGCUCAGAACGUGGAGAGGCUUCUUGUAUUCUUUGAUUUUUGUGUAAUAGUGAAAAAACUCUGCGUGUCCAUAGAUGUAGGAGAACCUUACCUUGUGUCUGAACAAGGAUAUAUAAGUUUGAACUGCGGGCUUCCAGAAGGAUCGACUUCCCUUGAUGAAAUAGGCUACACUUUCACUUCAGAUCAAGCCUACAUCGCGUCCGGGGAAAUAAAAGAAGUGGCCACUCAAUUCGCAAGCAGUCCAGUAAUGUACCAUACGUUAAGGUCCUUCCCCAGUUACAGAAGGAACUGCUACACCUUGACACCGGUGACUCAGGGGAAGAAGUACCUGAUUCGAGCUUCUUUCAUGUAUGGCAACUACGACGGCCAGAACCUGCUGCCCACCUUCGACCUCUACCUGGGAGCCGAACAGUGGGACACGGUGAAGCUGGAUAACGCAAGUCACAUUCUGUGGACUGAGAUUAUCGCCGCGGCACAGUCGUCGAACAUAAGCGUGUGCCUCGUGAAAACUGCCGGAGUCAAUCCUUUCAUCUCCGGCCUGGAGCUUCGUCCUGCUGAUGACAUCUAUAAUAACACCCAAUGGCCCAGUUGGCUCAAAACCUACAUGAGGAUUAAUGCUGGUUCAAAUGGACCAUCCAGGUUUGUUCUCUUUCUGCUAGACUAUUUUCAUCUGCUAAACAUUUGCUGUUUAAAGGCUGAUCGCACAUGGACGUCAGAUUACAGUGGGUAUGGAUUUGCCGUCAGCACCACUACUAGAAUAGAGCGCUCUGGCUUAUUCCGGGUACCAUCCAUGGUCCUCCAAACUGCCGAGUACUCGAGCAGCGGUAUUAAUAUCCAUUGGAAACAAGCAGCAAAGGAAGAGGAAUACCUUUGGGUCCUUUAUUUUGCAGGGAUAGUGCUAAACCGAACAGAUUACCUGACCCUAACUAUGAACGGGCAACAACCACCCUUUCCUUUUGAAGUUCCUUACAUGCACUCAUACUAUGUUUACUCAACUAAUCUAAAGUUUGAAGAUUAUUUGAUCACUCUCGCCGGUGCAAAUCUUACGAGUGUCCCUAUCAUCAAUGCAUUUGAAGUGUACAAGGUAUACGAACCCGGGGGUGGGGCAACUUAUGGCCAAGACGUUGAUGCAAUCACGGGAAUAAGGGAUAACUACGAAAUCAAGAAAAACUGGGCCUCUGAUCCUUGUAUCCCGGAGCUGUAUCCAUGGGAAGGCGUCAACUGCAGCUAUGGGAAUCCGAAAUCUCCAACAAUCACUGGCUUGGACCUUUCCAAGAAUGGAUUACAGGGCUCGAUAUCUACCCAGUUUGAAGAGUUGAAGUUUAUUCAGUCACUGUUUACUGACUGCGCAGGCCUUUCUGGUGUCUGCGCCUACAGGAACUUGUCAGGGAACCACUUGAAAGGUCAAAUACCUGAAUUCUUUGCAACAAUAAAAAGUCUGCGGACGUUAGACCUGUCCGAUAAUGAUUUACAUGGACCAAUCCCAGGUGCCCUCAAAGCAAGAAUUGAUGAAGGCUCGCUUUCAAUUGAAUCAAAUUUCACCAUCUAUAGGCUGAACAACAUUUGCCUGGAUAGUUCGUGCGAAGGAACUGGUCAUAAAAGUAAUGUCAAGUUGUUGGUUAUCGUCAUUUGUGUUCCUAUAGCCUUCAUCCUCGUAAUUAUAGCGAUCAUCUGUAUUGUCCUUCUCAAUAGAAGGCAACGGCACACUAACAUGCCGGAGCAACAUCCAACACCAGUAGUUCCGGUUGUGCCACCUUCUCCAAUACAAGCACCACAAGUUCCAACUGCGCCUUCUUCUCCAGCACCAGUACCAAACGUUUCGGUUGUGCCACCUCCACCAGUACCAGGACAAGAGAACAGGUUCAGCUACAGUGACAUUGUGCGGAUCACCAAUAACUUUCAUACUAAGAUAGGUAAAGGAGGGUGUGGAGCUGUUUACCUCGGGCAACUGAGGAAUGGCCGUCAAGUGGCAAUUAAGAAAGUUACCAGAACUGAGGCGUUAAGAAGCAGGGAAUUUUCUGCAGAGAUUGCUGCAUUGUCACAAGUUCAUCAUAGAAGUUUGGUAUCUUUCUAUGGGUUCUGUGAUGAGGGGGUGCAUAUGAUGCUCGUAUAUGAAUAUAUGGCUGGAGGAAACCUGAGGGAGCUAUUGUCAAAUAAGACGGAUAAGAAAUCUGUGUUAACCUGGGACAAGCGACUCCAAAUGGCAUUAAGUGUUGCCACAGGUCUUGAUUACUUGCAUGCUGGUUGCAACCCGCCAAUAAUUCACAGGGAUGUGAAAACAACCAAUAUCCUUUUGGAUGGAAACAUGGAAGCAAGGCUGGCAGAUUUUGGAUUGUCUAGAGCCAUUUAUGCUGAAAAUGUACAUGUAUCGACUCUUGUUGCGGGUACAACAGGAUACAUAGACCCAGAGUAUUACAACACGGGAAAACUAACAACAAAGAGUGAUGUUUACAGCUUCGGUGUAGUUCUUUUUGAGCUCUUAACUGGACGUCCUGUUCUCUUCUCUGAAAAUGGACUGCUAACUAGCGUUGUCAAAUGGGCGAAAACAAUUAUACAAUAUGGAGAUUUUCAUAGGAUCAUCGAUCCUAACCUUAGAGGACAGUAUGAUGCCGACUCGAUGUGGAGCGUUAUAGAACUUGCUAUUGCAAGUUUGCAAGUGUCUGGCGAUAGGAGGCCUACAAUGCAAAAGAUUGUUACUGAACUGGCGGCAGCUAAAAACCAAGAGAUACGUCGCCUUGGAAUUGGAAUUCCUAUUGCUGGAGAGGGAUCGGCACUAUCAGAAUUUUCGAUGGAGUAUACCACAUAUGUGGAAACAGAUGCUGCACCUAAGGCACGGCUACAGCAGUACAGUGUUUGUCUACUUAAGACAGGCGGCGGCACGCCAUUCAUAUCAAGCUUGGAGCUUCGACCAUUAUCCGACAAUGUCCACUCAUUUACUAAUGAGUCCAUCUCAUACUCACAUUCAAGAGAAUUAAGUUUGGAUCAAUCAUUGAAUACAGAGUUUGAGGACACUGUGAGUAUGGACACCGACUACACUGGUUGCUUUUAUUAUCUGGUGUUUUUUGAGCAGAAUUUGGAUGGUGGUGACAUUGGUUUACUGAAAUGGGAUUCCAGAGACCUAUCAAGCAAUAAUCUGUCUGGACCGGUUGGUUCAUUGACGCAAGUCCGUCACAAAUUCUUGGUCUCUUUCUAUGGAUUCUGUGACGAAGGAGAGGAUAUGAUCCUUGUGUUCGAGUUAAUGUUCGGAGGAAAUCUCCAGGAGCCAUUAUCAGGGCCGGAAUACCUGCACAACGGAUGCACGCCGUCCAUAGUACACAGGGAUGUGAAAGCAGAGAACAUUCUUUUGGAUGAAAAUUUGGAGGCGAGGUUAUCAGAUUUUGGAUUGGCUAAAGCCGUGAUCACUACCAGAAAUGUACCGGAGGCAUCGACUCGAAUUGUUGGAACAAAAGGAAUACUUGGAUCCAGAGUAUGCUAG